AUGCCUGUUAAAUUUUUAACAGUGCAGCAAGCUUUGGAGUAUUUUAAUACCCUAGAUUCUGUUGAGUAUUCAGAUGAAGGUAGUAUUGUAUGUUUGCCCCCUGGCCUUGUGACAGAUGAAGGGGAUGUAGCUGAAAAUGAAAUAAUUCUAAAUAUGGAUUUUCCUAAAGACGUUUGUGGAGAUGUAGAAAGUGAAAAAAAGUCAAAAGAAACCAUUUGUGAUCCAAAGUGGAAAGCUUCAAAUCUCUUGCCUAUUAAUUUUGAAAAUAUCUCCAAAUUGGAAGAAACUUUUCUUGAAAUUGCCACUAAGGCGCCAUAUGAACUUUCUAUGAUGUUUUUUGAUGAGCAAAUAAUGAAACAUUUGAUAGAGGAAACACAGCGGUAUACUUCACAGAAGAACUCUACCGGUUUCACGUUAUCGGAAAAUGACACGAGGAAGUUUCUUGCCAUCAUACUCUUUAGCGGCUAUCAUUCCUUACCGCAAGAGGACUUAUACUGGAGCAAUUCUGAAGAUUGCAGUAUACCAUUUGUUCAGUCGGCAAUGAGUCGACAGCGGUUCAGGGAUAUUAAAAAGUUUCUUCACCUGUACAAUAAUCAUAUUAUAGACAAAACUGACAAGUUGGGAAAAGUCAGGGGUUUCCUUGACAUGUUCUGCAAAAAACUGCAGCAAUUUGGAGCUUUUUCGGAAAAUUUAAGUGUGGAUGAGGAGAUGAUACCCUACACUGGCCAUCAUUCAGCGAAAAUGCACAUGUGGGGUAAACCAAUAAAAUUUGGAUACAAGCUGUGGGUUUUGGCGACCGCAGAAGGUUAUCCACUAAACUUACAAGUUUAUGUUGGAAAAAACAUAGCAAAGAAGGACAGUAGACCUCUGGGAACAAGAGUUGUUUUAGAUUUAAUUCACUGUAUCGAAAAUCCUCAAAAGCAUGCAAUUUAUAUGGACAUUUUUUUUACUUCCAUAGAAUUGCUGGAAGAAAUAAAAAAUCGAGAGUUUCGCGCUACACGAACUAUAAGAGAAAAUAGACUAAAAGACUGCCCUCUCACUAAAAGUACUUUACUAGUAAAAACUGAAAGAGGGUGUUUCGAAUCCAUACAAACUAAGAACUUAUGCUUAGCAUCAAAUUUUGAGACAGAAGCUUCUUUAGGAACAGCCAAAAGAUGGUAUGCUGAAGAAAAAAAGAGAAAAGAUUUGCCUCAACCACAUUUAAUUUCCUCAUAUAACAAAUAUAUGGGUGGUAUGGAUCUCUUAGAUCGAUUUCUAAGCACGUACAGACCUCGUAUAAAAGGGAAAAAAUGGUGGUGGCCUUUUUUUACAAAUACAUUGAACAUGGCUGUUUUAGCAGCCUGGAGGAUUCACAGAGAGCUCAAGGGCGAAAUGAAACAACUAACAUUUUUAAGGGAUGUAACUACAGCCUUAAUGAAAAGUUCAAAAGAAGAUUUCGUAAAUCCCCAGUCAGGGCCUUGCGGACCAGUGAACUCUUCUGUACGUUUUGAUGGAGUAAACCAUUUUAUUAUAAGUGCGGAAAAACAAUCUCCAUGUAAAUACUGUAAAAAGAACACUCGAACCAAGAGUAAAAAAUGCGAUGUAAUGCUGCAUCAAAAUUGUACUACAUAUUUUCAUAAAAGGAAUUGA